AUGGAUCGACCUUCAUCACCAUCAUACCGCGAACGUCGAGGACCGCAUAUCUAUGUUCAUCUGGAGGUUGGCAUCUCGUGGACUUCAAAGAAACAACACAAGCACCAUGAAGUGACAUAUGGAUCAAGAGGAUCAAAGGCAGCGCGCGAGAAAGAGCAAUGUCCGGGUCCCAAGCUUCCCCGUCAAAUGUCCGCCCCUGAUCCCACCUACCUAGCCGCCGUCCAUGAUUUCGAGCAAAGGCAAUCGAGGACCCGAGAAAGCCGGAAAGCUGCUCGUCCACUUUCACAGAUCGACCCUAUUGCUUCGAUACCGGGCACUUGUCUUGGCCCCCAUCACCAAAUGCAGGAGUACUAUCAAGUACCCGGAUAUUAUGGUCCAGCUCAACCAUCAACGCCACCCCGGCAGCAGCAACGACGGUCCCGGUCCGGGUCGAGACCUGUUGGUGAGAGGGGUCAAUCGGCACCACCACCUACCGGUGAUAACCCCUGGGGUGUAGGAUUGGCGGGGGAAGAAGCGGCGGGACCAUCGAAUUCAAUAUCAGAGCUGUCCCCACGUCCUCCGUCGGAUGUUUGGAAAGCCCUGCCAGCGGCCCCAAAUCGGUUUCGUCUCGGAGAGGCCGGUAUGCCAUGGUCUUCACCAACGGUUUUUGAAACAGGGGCGGGUUCACAGAGUGAUGAUGUCUCCGACCACCCAUCGGGCCAUCACCGUCAGCACAGCAUACCUAGUUUCCAUCCGGAUAAUGAAGCGUCCAUCUACGAAGCUAGCCCUGUCACAGGCAUCUCUGUUUUCUCGCCUGGACCAAGCAAAUUACAAGAUUGCGAAGAUCCCGAGCCGGGCAGUGUACGACAUCUAGAGGAAUUAUCAGCAGCAAUGGUGACGGUGGACAACGGCUUUGAAAACCAGUGGUGGAAUCAAGGGCAACGUCGAAGCAUGAUCUUACCAGCUCCAACCGAAGAACCGCCAUCCCUCGACAAAAGGAUCUCCGCAAGAUCACUCGGCUGGGCGGAGAUACCCAUCUCACCAUUCGCUUCACCGUUCGAUGUCGACAAGGUCGGAGGAGUUAUGGUUGACUACCAGGGAUUUGUGUGGAUGAUAUUUGGUGUUCCUACGUCAAUGCAGGAACAUAGCCUUUUUACGGAGUAA